AUGACUGCAGAAGAAAUAACAAAAAGAACUGUAGAAGCGGAUGAGCAACAAAAAAUAAAACAAGAAGAAGAGGAAGAUGAAGAAGAAACAUCAAAAGAACCAAAGAAACAGCAUAAAAACUAUCUUGCUUUAUUAUAUACUUUUGGAGUCAUUUUAGCAGUUGGAACAGCAAUCAUAACUGGAACCAGAGGAAGUGCAGUCCCAGGAAUUAACACAGAUCUCGCACAUAACAUUACAAUUUUAAUGAGCCAAUUAAAACAAUCAAUUUACAGAAGAGAAUCAUAUGAAACUCUUUUUUCAGACUUAACACAUAUAGUAUCGAACUUUGAAAAUAAUGAAUUCAAGCAAUUCUUCAUAGAAACAGCUUGGAAUUCAACAUUUACAGAUACUUUAUUAACAUUGAUGGAAAGAACACUGAAAUCAGAAUCAACAGCUAUAGUUCAAUAUACAUUAGCAACUCUUUCUGAAAUUUAUGAAUUUGGAAAAAUUUCAGUUGAUAAUUCAAUUUGUCAGAAGCAUAAUAACGAGUUACAGAGAAUUUCCAAUAUUAUUGAUCAUUAUCCAAAUAAUUUGGACGUUUUGCAGAUUGGAUUUACUACUUUGUCGAUUGCUGGAAAUAUUUCAUGUUUAUCUGACCAUUUCUCUGAUGUUUCAAACAAUAUUCUUCAGAAAAUCAACGAGCGCUCAUUUAAUUACAAGAAAAACGCAAUGAAUUUUUUGACUGCUAAAUAUCCUGAAAUAAACGUUUCUGCAAUCAAUAAAGAGAAUAUUUGUAUCUUAGUUGAUGGAUUUAUAAAGCAGGCGAAGCACACAGAUGGAAAUGACGCAAGAAAUUUGUGUAUUUUAAUUGAAAAAUUUAAUUGCACAGAAUUGAACAAAGAAACAACUUUUAGACUCCUUAGAUCUGAUUCUUGCAGAAGACUUCGAUAA